AUAUUUGGGGGUGGCUAUCAUUUUCACUUUCCCCUCUUCUCCCUUGCAAUACUGAAAUAAUUGUUGUACGUGAAUUCAAAUCUGAAUAGGUAGAAGAGAGUUUGACGUGACUAAUGUGAAUAAUUUUAAGAAACACAAUUGUGAUGUGUGCAUUUUUAUUUGAGCAACGGUAGCGCACGCGAUACAUUGAACGCGUGGGAGUAACUUGCCCUAGACCCAGAGGAGAGAGCAUUUCCCAACCGAAGCGACAGAUACUCGGAAAAUCCAAAAACCCUGCCCUCCUCUUCUUCAACCUUCAAAAUCCCACUCCUACUACAACCCACGGCGCACCCCUGCACACCCAUGAGCCGUUACGACAGCCGCUCCGGCGACCCCACCUCCUACCGUGACCGCCGAACGGACUCUGGGUUCGGCGGAGCAUCGGGCUAUGGCGGAGGGGUUCGGUCGUCGUCCGGCAAGAGGGACUACGACGGGGCUGAGUCGCCGCGGAAGCUGGAUUUGGACGGGCUGACUCCGUUCGAAAAGAACUUCUAUGUGGAGUCACCUUCGGUAGCCUCGAUGUCGGAGAGAGAGGUGGAGGACUAUCGGCUGCGGAGGGAGAUAACGGUUGAAGGGCGCGAUGUCCCGAAACCCGUCAAGAGUUUUCGCGACGUGGGUUUUCCAGAUUAUGUCAUGCAAGAAAUUACAAAAGCGGGCUUUGUUGAACCCACACCUAUUCAAGCUCAAGGAUGGCCAAUGGCUAUGAAGGGUCGUGAUCUCAUUGGUAUUGCUGAAACAGGGUCAGGGAAGACGCUUGCUUAUCUAUUGCCUGCAAUUGUCCAUGUUAAUGCCCAGCCAUUUUUAGCUCCUGGAGAUGGUCCAAUUGUACUGGUUUUAGCUCCAACCCGUGAGCUUGCAGUUCAGAUACAACAAGAAUCAACUAAAUUUGGUGCAUCAUCAAGAAUUAAGAGUACCUGUAUAUAUGGUGGUGUUCCAAAGGGACCUCAAGUGCGUGAUCUCCAGAAAGGUGUUGAAAUUGUUAUUGCUACACCAGGGAGGCUGAUUGAUAUGUUGGAAUCUCAUCAUACAAACUUGAGAAGGGUUACCUAUCUUGUAUUAGAUGAGGCUGAUCGGAUGCUAGAUAUGGGUUUUGAACCUCAGAUUCGAAAGAUUGUUUCUCAGAUUCGCCCCGAUCGUCAAACUCUGUACUGGAGUGCCACAUGGCCGAAGGAGGUUGAACAACUUGCAUGGAAAUUCUUGUACAAUCCAUAUAAGGUGAUUAUAGGCUCUUCAGACUUGAAAGCUAACCAUGCGAUUCGCCAGCAUGUGGACAUUGUUUCUGAGAGUCAGAAAUAUAAUAAAUUGGUGAAGUUGCUGGAGGAUAUCAUGGAUGGCAGCCGGAUUUUAAUAUUCAUGGACACCAAGAAAGGAUGUGACCAAAUAACUCGGCAACUACGAAUGGAUGGUUGGCCGGCUCUCUCAAUCCAUGGGGAUAAGAGUCAAGCAGAAAGGGAUUGGGUCCUGUCUGAAUUCAAAUCUGGAAAGAGUCCAAUAAUGACUGCAACGGAUGUUGCAGCUCGUGGUUUAGAUGUCAAGGAUGUAAAAUAUGUGAUCAAUUAUGAUUUUCCGGGCUCCCUUGAGGACUAUGUUCACCGCAUUGGCCGAACAGGAAGGGCUGGUGCCAAAGGAACAGCAUACACUUUCUUCACAGCUGCAAAUGCAAGGUUUGCUAAGGAACUUAUUACGAUCCUUGAAGAAGCUGGGCAGAAGGUUAGUCCUGAACUGGCAGCAAUGGGGCGUGGUGCACCUCCUCCUCCAUCAGGUCAUGGUGGAUUUCGAGACCGUGGGAGGGGCCAUGGUGGUGGCAGCCGCCCUUGGAGCUAGUCAGUUCUACCGAAGUAAAUGCCGUUGGAGGAAAGGUAGCGAGCAAGCUGUUCUGCAAAGAUGAGUACGGGGUAAAUACUGCUAGUGCUUGUAGUUUUGGUUCGCAGUUGUUGGGUAGGGACCCUCUUGCAUCAUUCUGUAUCUCAUUUAUACCUUCAGCUUGAUCUGGGGAGAUUUGUUUGACUAGAGGGUUGAGCUUAAACUUUUCCCUCUUUAAAACUUGGGGUAAGUUGAGCACAUCUCUGUAAGAUAGAACACAAGGUUUACCACCUUUUACAAGUUUUUUUAUUGUGCAGAGGAGGCAACACUUCCAUUUCUUCCA